ACCAAUAGGAAGCCAGCGCCUUCUGUGCAGCAGCGAAAGGAAAUACGGUUAGGCGGGUAUCAUCUUCAUGCGGACCAAUGAAAACAAGGAGCCUUGGUUCCGCCAACAAAUAGGACACCGUACAGAACGGGUCUCUCUGUACACACGGGGAGGUUCACCGGGAGCGGCAAAUCCCGUCGGCGGCGGAGGUCCCGACUCGUUCUACCAUAGACAUCAACCCCCCUCCUAGCCUGGCGCCAUGACGUCAGCAUCCACCAAGGUCGGGGAGAUCUUCUCAGCUGCCGGCGCUGCUUUCACAAAGUUAGGAGAACUGACCAUGCAGCUUCAUCCAGUGACUGAUUCCUCCCCAGCAGGGGCUCGCUGGACAGACACAGAGAUUCAGAUGUUACAUGCGGCUGUCAGACGCUUCGGGGAGGACAUAAAUCAAAUCAGCUCAGUUAUCAAGGAGAGGACAGUCGCUCAGCUCAAGUUUGCCGUGAAGCGUAAGAUCUACGAUGACAGCGGAGUCCCGCUGUCCGGUGAAUCCCCGCGGAAGGUGAUAAAGAAGGUGGUGCCGGUGACGUCGUCUUCGGCGCCCUCCGUGACCGCAGUCUCCGCACCGCAGACCUCGAGCGGGACGACUCUUCCCGAGGGAUCGCAGGGUGCCAUGAAGAAGCGCAAGUCAUCUGCAGAUGUAACUCUCAGCGCCCUCAAUGACUCGGAUGCCAACAGUGACCUGGUGGACAUCGAGGGUUUGGGAGACCGCAGCACUGUGAAAAAACUCAACUUUGACCAGGACAGUCUAAACCUGGAUUCCAGUUUCAUCAUGAAUUCCAGCGACCUCCCGCUACUGUCUCGUUAAAGCCGUGUGACCCCCUGAUGCUAUGUAUAUAGAAGU